AUGCCUGGAGGCGGAGUUGUGCUUACGGCACCCACCAAUGUCAAUCGUAUUGAGGCUCCUGUGUCAUUCAAGGCGUAUUUGAUGUGCGCCUUUGCGGCCUUGGGGGCAUCUUUUUCGGUUAUGACUCUGGUUACAUCAACGUCCCUGAUCGUUUCUAUUCUGUCGGCAGGAACGUUCAUUGGCGCUUUGGUGGCAGGAGAUAUUGCUAACUUCUUUGGACGUCGAACCGCGAUCAUUGCAGGUUGUUUUAUCUUCUCGGUCGGUGUCGUCCUCCAAGUGGCAAGUACCACGUAUGAUCUCCUGAUAGCUGGCCGUUUGAUAGCUGGUCUGGGCGUUGGCUUCGUCUCAGCCGUCAUCAUCCUCUACAUGUCGGAGAUCGCGCCCAGGAAGGUUAGAGGUGCAAUGGUGUCUGGAUACCAGUUUUGCAUCACGGUUGGUAUCCUGUUGGCGAGUUGA